CAUGAACAGAAAGAAUAUACCGACGCGGCAGUCCAAGUUGCCGGAAUUGGCGACAAAAACCCGCGAAACGACAAACACGAUGCCUUCGUGGACAGAGUACUAACGUUGUUUGUCUUUACUCUUUCCACUUUCCAACUCCAUUAAAUAUCUGAGACUGAGCUCCAUCUGCCAAAUUUAUCGAAGAUGGCGGCGAUUUUCUCUUCUUCCCUCUUUGCAACAUCCCCUCUUAAGAAUUCAGCAUCUCCAUCCCACUCCCAAAUCCAUCUUCUUCACUCUAAUCAUAAUAAUAGUUCCCUUUCAUCUCGUGUUCCACUUUCCAGGACUAAGACACGAGCUUCUCUCCUACAAGAUAAUGAGGAUAAAGUGAUUGUACAAGACUCUUUCCCCUCCAAGACCUCUCUUUUUGACACCGCUAAAUCUAGUACUGGGGACUCAGUUAAUGGUUCAUCCCCCAGUACCGUGGAGAAUUGGGUUAUCAGGUUUGAACAAUCAGUCAAUAUCUUUCUCACGGAUUCCGUCAUAAAGAUACUUGAUGCUUUGUACCAUGACAGAAAUUAUGCAAGGUUUUUUGUGCUUGAAACUAUUGCCAGGGUUCCUUACUUUGCCUUUAUGUCAGUUCUCCACAUGUAUGAGAGUUUUGGAUGGUGGAGGCGGUCAGACUAUCUGAAAGUGCAUUUUGCUGAGAGCUGGAAUGAAAUGCAUCAUUUGCUCAUCAUGGAAGAACUCGGCGGGAAUGCUUGGUGGUUUGACCGGUUUCUGGCUCAACAUAUUGCAAUAUUUUAUUAUAUUAUGACAACUUUAAUGUAUGCAAUAAGCCCAAGAAUGGCAUAUCAUUUUUCUGAAUGUGUAGAGAGUCAUGCAUUUGAAACUUAUGACAAAUUUAUCAAGGUCCAAGGAGAGGAAUUGAAAAAAAUGCCGGCUCCUGAGGUUGCUGUGAAUUAUUAUACAGGAGGGGACUUGUAUUUAUUUGAUGAAUUUCAAACUUCCAGAGUCCCAAAUUCUAGAAGGCCUAAGAUAGAGAAUCUGUACGACGUAUUUGUAAAUAUCAGAGAUGACGAAGCUGAACAUUGUAAGACAAUGAAGGCUUGUCAAACCCAUGGGAACCUCCGGUCACCUCAUUCGUAUGCAGAAGAGGAUGAGGAUGAUGAUGAUGAAGCCUCAGUGUGUGGUAUUGAAGCAGAUUGUGAAGGAAUAGUAGACUGUAUAAAGAAAUCUGUUACUUCUAGUCCAGCUAAGGUGAAGUAAGAUAUGUGGCACAUUACUAAUGCAUUCAUAUAGAAAAUAUAUACGAGGCAGGGGAUAAUGAUUAGAGUUAGUUUAAAGUAAAAUUGUCUCUAAAUAUUAAAUAAGCAAGUAAGAGUAUAUUUAUUUAUUCUUAAAUUUUAUUCGGUUAAGUUUGUGAU